AUGGGUCUGAAGCCUCUCGCUUUUACCGCGGCCUUCGUUGCCCUCGCCACCCAGCCCUGGCUGUCAGCUGCUGUCGAGCUCCAACUCAACGUGACGGCCUACACGUUCGGUCUCGUAGAGUCGGACGCCACGGCUGUCUACUACUCCGAGUCACAGCCCUUGCUCAUCAGCAACGAUGGUGGUGCCUCGACCGGUGGCUUUCACACCUGGGACCUCGAUGGCGAUGCACCUCUGCAAGCACUAAAGAGCGUGAACACCGGCAGGACCAAGCUUGUGGCGACUGUCCAUGAUGUUGGCGGCAGAGAUAUUCUCGUUUCAAUCCCAGCGACUACCUCCAUCCUCAGUGCGUACGAACUUCCGUCUCUGAAGGAGCUCGAUGAUGCCCGUUUCGUCGCUCUCGGCGAUUGGUCAGCCUUGUGCUCCUGGAAGGCUCCCAGCGCCAACAACUACGUCUUCCUCUUUGGCAAGAGCUCAGGUCACCAGUACUUGGUCCGCGAAGCUGGAGAGUCUGUUGAAUUUGUGGAGGUCCAAUCCUUUGACGUCCCCACGGAGUUCGCCGGAUGCGCGGUCUCUAGCAAGCAAUCCAAGUUGAUCCUCACACCGAAUGACGGUGACGAAAUUCACCAAAUCGAUCUUGCUGAAUCGACUUCUACCCCUGGGCUCUCUGUCCUUGGUAAGACCGAGGACACAGCUACAGGCAUAGCCGUAUACACAUCUCAGGGGACUGACGCCGAUUAUCUCUUUAUCGCGCAGGAGGGCACUGUUGCUGUCUACCGCUAUCCAUUUGAACUUGUCGGUACACUGGCCCUGACGGGUCUCGAGGACAUUGAGGUCGAAGGCAUCAGCCUUUACCAGGCCACCACCUCCAAGUACCCCCUUGGCGCGCUAGGCUUUGCGGCCGAGGCCGACAAUUUUGAAGGUUUCGGCCUCAGUUCGCUCGAAAACAUCUGGGAAGGCCUCGGUGUUGAGCCCAACACCGAGUAUGAUCCACGAGCUCUUCUCGGCUGUCGGAAGCGGGAUCCCAUCUGCGACGCUUGUUCCAAUAACGGUUUCUGCACAACAAAUUCUACUGCGUGCACUUGUUUCUCAGGCUUUGCCGGCACCGGCUGCAGCGACUUCACAUGCCAAGAUAAUUGCUCUGGUCGUGGAACCUGCGUCGGCCCCAACGUUUGCCAAUGUGAGAAGGGCUGGGGUGGUCUGCACUGCUCCUUCCUGCUCAUCGAGCCGGCCUUUGAGACGGAAGCGAACGGCAACGAUGGUGACGAUCCAGCCAUUUGGAUAUCCCCUGAAUCUCCCGAAAAAUCCCGCAUCAUCACAACGACCAAGUCUGAGACUGGUGCUGGCUUGGGAGUCUUCGACCUGGAAGGCAAGCUCCUUCAAAUCUUCCCCGCUGGCCAGCCAAACAAUGUUGAUGUCAUAUACAACUUCAACCUUGGCAACAGAACCGUUGACCUCGCUUACGCAGCAUGCCGUGCUGAUGAUACCCUCUGUUUGUUUGAGAUCACGGCCGAUGGUGUCCUGAAGGACAUAGCUGGUAGCAGCCAGACCGCCAAGGUUGAGGACGGCCUGUACGGUUCGUGUGUCUACCGCUCCCGCCAGACUGGCAAGCAAUAUCUCUUUGUCAAUGAAAAAACGGCACGGUACAUGCAAUACGAGCUCACUGCUUCUGCCAAUGGAACCCUCGAGACGACACUUGUGCGGGAGUUCCAGGGCGGCUCGGGCGGUCAGGUCGAAGGGUGUGUCUCUGAUGAAGAAAAUGGGUGGGUAUGGAUCGGCGAGGAACCAUCAGCACUCUGGCGAUAUGAUGCGGAACCGGACUCGGAACCGACCGGCAUCCGUGUCGCAUACGUCGGCGACGGUCUUCUCUGGGGUGAUGUCGAAGGCGUCACCUUGGUAUUCGGCAAGACGCGAGAAGAAGGCUACCUUUUCGUAUCUGCCCAGGGUGUCAGCGCCUACAAUGUCUAUCGCCGCGCCAGCCCCCACGAGUACGUCAUGACUUUCACCCUCGUUGACUCGGCGGACGGCCAGAUCGACCACGUUUCGAACACCGACAGUCUUGCCGCUGUUGGCGCCAACUUGGGCCCAGGCUUUCCUCACGGUCUGCUCGUUGUGCACGAUGACACGAAUGAGCUGCCAGGUGGAGGAGCCGAUGUCCAAGCCAGUUAUAAGGUUGUUGGCCUGGAUAAAAUCCUCGGCGCAGAGCCGUUUAAGGGGCUGAAUCUACUUGACGGCAUCGACCCAAACUGGGAUCCUCGGGCUUGA